AUGCAGAAGAAAACCAAGAUGAUGCCUAAGACCAAGAUCGUUUGUACCCUCGGACCGGAAUCUAGGUCGGUCGAGAUGAUCGCCAAAUUGCUCAAGGCCGGCAUGAACGUUGCUCGAUUCAAUUUCUCCCAUGGAUCUCACGCUUACCAUCAAGAAACCAUAGAUAAUCUCCGAAGCGCCAUGCAGCUCACCGGGAUCUCUUGUGCUGUUAUGCUUGACACAAAGGGUCCAGAAAUCAGGACCGGGUUGUUGAAGGAAGAAGGGAAACCAAUCCAACUCGAGCAGGGUAAGGAAAUCACGAUUUCAACUGAUUACACUAUCAAGGGCGAUGUGAAUCAGAUCUCAAUGAGUUACAAGAAGCUGGCGGAGGACGUGAAACCGGGAAGUGUGAUCCUGUGUUCUGAUGGGACAAUCUCGUUCACUGUCCUGAGUUGCGACAAAGAGAACGGAUUGAAGAAGAAUGUUAAUCUCCCCGGAGUUGUUGUUGAUCUUCCUAUUUUGACUGAGAAGGACAAAGAGGAUAUCCUGAAGUGGGGAGUUCCCAACCACAUUGAUAUAAUUGCUUUGUCAUUUGUCCGAAAGGGUUCCGAUCUCGUUCAGGUUCGACAGCUCCUUGGUGAUCAUGCCAAAACCAUUAUCCUAAUGUCAAAGGUUGAGAAUCAAGAAGGGGUUGCCAAUUUCGAUGACAUAUUGAAGAAUACAGAUGCAUUCAUGGUGGCCAGGGGAGAUUUAGGAAUGGAGAUUCCAAUCGAUAAAAUCUUCUUAGCACAAAAGAUGAUGAUUCACAAGUGCAACAUUGCGGGAAAACCCGUUGUGACAGCAACCCAGAUGCUGGAAUCCAUGAUCAAGUCCCCGCGUCCCACACGCGCCGAGGCCACGGACGUGGCGAACGCGGUGAUCGACGGCACGGAUUGCGUCAUGCUGAGCGGCGAGACGGCCGCCGGAGGGUACCCGGAGAUUGCCGUCCAGACGAUGGCAAGGAUUUGCGCGGAGGCUGAAAACACGCUCAACUACGAUCAGGUUUACAAAAGGGCUGUCUUAAACGCGCCUAAACCAAUGAGUGUUUUGGAGAGUUUGGCUUGUGCUUCGGUUCAAACAGCAUUCGCUUCAAAGGCUUCAGUGAUUAUUGUCCUAACCAAAGGCGGAACAACGGCUCAGCUUGUGUCGAAGUACAGGCCUAACGUGCCGAUUUUGUCGGUCGUGGCGCCUGAUGUCCGUGAAGAUGACCUUUUGUUGACAAACAAGGAUGUUUUCCCGGUGAAACAUGGGCUUGUGUACCGUGGAAUUGUCCCCGUGUUGUUGACCACUCCGGCGGGUGUCGGGUCGGACUACCACUGCCCGGAAAAAGCAACCGAUUUCGGCAUAAGAUGUGCCAAGAACAAGGGGUUCUGCAAAGACGGGGACACAGUUGUUGUGCUUUGCAACUUUGGAAGCCCUUUCUUGACGACUGUCAAUUCAGUUUAA